AUGCUAAUAAAAGAAGAGGAACUGGUAGAAAAAGAUCUUAGAUUCAUUCAAACAUUGCCGAAUCUCUAAAAAAUUUAAUCAACUAAUAGCCUCAACAAUUAUCUUAGAGAAUAGUCAAUAAAAAAAGAAUUCUUAGGAGAUGGUUUAGAGAAGAGAUCAUUGACAUUCAGUAAACUGCAAGAUAAAAGUUUGAUUAAUGAUUUUGUACUAGAAAUAAAAAAAGCAAAAUCAAAUCAUUAGACAUUCUAGGAUUUAAGGGAGAAUAUAUAAAAAGUAAAUGAGAUUCCUGAACCUAAUCUAUUGCAGUAAAUAAAUUUAUUUUAAGAGUAAAAUCUGGAAGAGUUUGAGGUCUACAACGAAUAUAUGACUGUUUAAUAAGCGUUAAUUGAAUUGAACAUUAGAUGUCAAAUGUAAAGAAUGGAAACUCUAAUUUUAAAGAUCUAAGAAGAUAAAAAUAUGAAUGCAGAUUUGAAGUAAUUCAUUCUCUAAAAGUAUAUAAAUGAUAUUGACAAGAAGCUAAACUAUUUUAUCUUCAAUAGUAGAAAUUUAAAGCACUAUUUAUAAUAAUAAGAGAGCCAAAUUAAAAAUCAAAUUGAAGACUUAAAUAAUUAGCAUGAUAAUACUGAAGAAAUUUAAUAAAAGUUUGAUUCAAUAAGACAUUUUGAGAAACACUAGGAAAAAUGUAGAAUCGAGCUUGUUAAAUUAAAGCAAUCGGUUUAAACUUUAUUUAAUUUCAAUGAGCUUAACGUUGAUAAUGUUGAAGCUAUUAGAUAGGUUAGAAAUUCAAUAUAGCAAGUCAAGAACUGCUAACAUUAAAUAAGGAAUUUUUAUCAAGUAAAUCCAGAAGAUAGUAGAAUACAGUUAUUUAAUGAGAUGAACCAGGUUCAUUAGAAAUUAAUUUAGAGUGGAAAAUUAGAUGAACUGCAAAUCUAGUUAUUAUAGGUGAAAAAUGACAGACUUAAAAUAUAAAAUUAAUUUGUUGAUAUUGAGAAGCUAUAUACAAAUUAAUUGAAUAAAGUAGAGAUAUUAAGAGAUUAAAAUAUGAUUAUGAGAUAGGAGAUUAGAAGAAUAAGAAAUCUAGAGGAAGGUGAGGAAGAUAAAAUCAAGGAAAAUACUUGA